AUGGGAAGGGCGCCAUGUUGCGAUAAGAACAACGUGAAGAAAGGGCCGUGGUCGCCGGAGGAGGAUGCCAAGCUCAAGGAGUUCAUGGACAAGCACGGCACCGGCGGCAACUGGAUCGCUCUCCCGCAGAAAGCAGGGUUGAGGAGAUGUGGCAAGAGCUGUAGACUCAGAUGGCUAAACUACCUAAGGCCUAACAUUAAGCAUGGGGAGUUCACCGAGCACGAAGACAGGGUCAUCUGCAGCAUGUAUGCUAGCAUUGGAAGCAGGUGGUCGAUCAUCGCGUCGCAGCUGCCUGGUCGGACGGACAAUGACAUCAAGAACUAUUGGAACACCAAGUUGAAGAAGAAGCUCAUGGGCUCUACGGGCGGAGGCGCUGGUCCGCCGCCACGGGCACCACGGCAGAACCACCAGCAGCACCGGCCGGUCCUGCUCCCCUACUCAUCGUCACCCCACCCAAACUACGACAACUUCUUCCCAGGCUCCGGCGCCCUCCUCCAGCAUCAAUCAGAACUCAACAUCCCCCAUACCCUAACCCUACAGCCCCAACAAGACUACAUGCUCAGCAGCUCAAACUCCAUGACAAACAAUGGCAGCACCUCACACCUGCUGCAUGUAACCACGACGCACCGCCAGCUCCAGGUGAAGGAGGAAUGCGGCGGCGGAGGCGCCAUGAUCGCGUUCGGCUGCGGCGACCAGCAGAGCUGCAGCUCGUCGGACGGGACGACGGCUCAGUACGGCGGCCAGUUCGGAGGCCGCCACCAUGGGAGGGAGCUGAGCUUCGACCACAACGGAUACAGCUACGGCGCCUACAACAAUGGUGCCGUCGAGCAGGAUCAGCAGAAGCUGUUCCAGCAGCAGCAAGCGCAGCUGGACUACGGCUACGAGGAGAUCAAGCAGCUGCUCAUGACCGCAGGGACAGGCGCCGACGGCGGCAGCCUGAUCCACGAUCCGGCGGCGGCGGAGCUGAUCGCCUCGCACGCAGCUGCUGGCAAGUUGACGAUGAUGUAA